AUUUUCCCAGACUGUAUUGUAAUGCCUAUGUUAACACUAAACAUCUCAUAAAUUUUCCAAGAACUAAGAAACAAACAUUUUUAUGGAAAUUAAUUAGUCUCUCCUUUUUUCUCACAUCAUGUCAAAUAUUCAUUUUAUUGUAACUCAAUUACCGGAGUCCAACAUUCCAAGAUUUAUUCGCAUUGUUGAUAAUCCAGAAAACACAACAGUGGAAGACUCCGGUGAAAAUGUCAGUAACAAAAUUGAAAUAGAUGGUGAAAGGAGAGUAGAAGAAGAAGAAGAAGGAUAUCAACCCAGUCUACCUCAAAAUGGAUAUAACGAUGUGACCGUAAUUCAAAAUGACGGAAUAACUGAGGAAUACAUAGACGAUAGUGGUCACACUACACCAGUAAUUGAAAAUCCAGAAAUUGUCAGAAGUCCAACACCCUCAUCAAAAACUGAAUCCAGUGAUGACAUCUGUCCACCACUGCGUCCAAUAAAAGGCAGGGAUUAUAGAUUUUAUGGUCGAAAUUCUGUUUUUCAGGACGGUCUCAGUCAACAUCAACAACAACAACAACAUCAUAGUGAAAGUUUAAAAGUUAAACGAAAACCUGAGAAUCCAAAAUGUAUAAAAUUUAAAAAAUAUCUUAAAAAAUUAAUUGUAUUUUUAUUUUCUCAUAUUGGUUUGUGUCUAGUUGUAGUUGGAUAUUGUUCAUUAGGUGCAUUUCUGUUUCGUUAUAUUGAAAAAAGCUACCAAGCAGAUGUUAUCCGUAAUAAGACAACAGAACUAAUGAAACAACAAAAUCAUAUUCAACGUUUACUAGUUACCUUUCAUCAAGAUUCAUUAGAAAUGUGUACCGAACAUGUAAAAAGAUGGUAUGAAAAUGAAAUAAAAUGGAAAAAUGAGAUGAUUAGAAUUUUAUUAUCCUAUGGAUUUCCUACAAAUCCAAAAGAUUUUGAAGUUGAAUUUGAAAAGUUUAAUAAACUAUCAACAAAACCGAUUACACCAAUGGCGGGAAAUGAAAGCACCUUCGACACAGUUUCCAGUAUGGAUGUAUUGUACAAUUUGCACAGAAAUUUGACUAUAAACUUAAAAUAUAGAACUGAACAUGUUAUGUUUAAUACAACUGGAGUUAUCAAAAAUUUAGUACUAGCUACAUACGCUGCAUGCGAUGCAGGAUGGAGACCUGUACAAACUGUUAGUAACUUACCAGUUGAUAAAAAGUUUGAAAGUAUGGAAUCUCAAUGUUAUAAAUAUAACAAUUGUACACUGUACAACAGUAGUGAUAUUCAAAAUUCUGAUAAUAACUAUGAUACUGAUAGUUCGAGGAAUAAAAUGUGUACUUGUACAAAUGGAACAUUAUGUCCGUGUGACAAAUUGAAUAAGUCAAGGAAUUAUUCUGACAAAACAUCUGAAAAUGAUGUAGUCGAGGGAUAUCUAGAUCCUUGGACAGUGACUGGUGCUUUGCUAUAUUCUGUCACAGUUAUUACUACUAUUGGUUAUGGACAUAUUGUGCCUAGAACAGAUGUUGGACGUGCAAUGACUGUAAUCUACGCUCUAUUCGGUAUACCAUUAGUUCUGUUGUGUUUAGCUAAUCUCGGUGGUUUUCUAGCUCAUACAGUACGUAUUGUCUAUUCGAAUUCAUGUCUUCGAUAUCAUGAAUAUAUUACUAAGAAAAGAUCUUCCAUACCAGAUGCUCCAUUAAUAAAAUAUCUACGAAAUAAGAAGUUAUUUGAUCCGGCUAAAAAUAAAUUACUCGGUCACAUAUUUCACAAACAUGAUUCAAACGAUACAUCACAUGAAAAAUCUGAUAACUCGGAAACACCAUCACAACCAUUAACAACAACAACAACACCAGCAACAACAACAACAACGACGACGACAACAACAACAACUGGAGAUUAUUCCUUUCACAGCAAAUACAUCUCAAAACAAUCUUUUAAUAAAUUUCACAGUAUUGAUUAUCAUGCACUGCGCUUUGAAAGACGAGCUCAUUCACUUCUACACACUUUAGCAGGUUCACAGUCGAUAAUUUCAUCACAUAUACAAAAAGAAAAAGAGGAAAGUGAAGAAUUACCAGUGCCAAUAUGGUUUACAUUAUUAGUGUUUUUCGUAUAUAUGUUAGUCGGUGCAAUUAUUUUCUCUCAAUGGGAAAGUUGGAGUGUAUUACAGUCAGCUUAUUUUGUUUUCAUCACAUUAUCAACAAUUGGUUUCGGUGACUUUGUUCCAGGCAUACAAAAUGAUACAUGGCAUGAAAAUUCAACAAAACCAGUAUUUUGUUGUUUUUAUUUAUUAUUUGGUCUCUCCAUGGUUGUUAUGUCAUUCAAUCUAAUGCAAGAGGAGGUAAAGGCUAGAUUCAGACAAUUUGCUUAUAAAGUUGGAUUAAUAGAAGAACAAGAAUGAUCUAUUAACACUUGUAUUUCUUUUCUACAGAUGGCUUUUUCAUUUAAAAAAAAUAUCUCCUCUUGUUGUACGCUAGUUGUUGUCUGCUCAUGUAAUAAUGUUUAUAUACUUUUGUGUCUUUGCAUUGUAUUCAGGUAACUUAGUCUUGUGAUAUGUUGUCUUGUCAUCAUUAUAUUUUCUCUUCUCUCUUCUACACUUUAUUCCACUGAUACGUGCUGAACCUAUUGGCCUUCUAAGAGAAAUUAUAUUUCAAAACCACAGCUGCAUUUUAAUUGUGAUUAUAAAUAGUAAGAGAAAAGGCUGAGGAGAGAGACUGAUGAAUUGAAGGCUAAUUAUUAUGGCGCUAUACCUAAUCGAUGUUCAAUUUAUUGUGCAGACGCCAACGAUAGCACUAUGACACUACCGUCUUUACUCUUAAAUACUGAAAUAUUGUAUUGCUAUUAGUGUUUAUAAAUGUGUCUCAUAAUAUAUUUUUAUUGAUAC